AUGGCGGCUUUUUGGUGCUGGGGGCAGCGGGAGCGUCUGACUCGGUGCUCUGUGUUUCAGGAGGGUUUGGCGGCCAGCCCCAUCCCGGGGAGCUGGGGAGCCCAUCCCGAGGAUCAGCUGUGCCGGCCUGGCGGCAGCGGGCUGGGGCGCCGUGGUUCUCCAGUGUGGCAGCCCCCUGUUCCCUUUGCAGAGCUGUCGGGCGUCCGGCGCUUCAGCACACGUGCCCUCAACUACAGCACCCUGCUGCUGGAGGACAACCGGGGUAUCCUCUACGUGGGCGCCAGGGGAGCCAUCUUCGCCCUCAACUCCAGCGACGUGGCCGACGGCUCCCACCGCACGAUCCACUGGGAAGCCUCCCCAGAGAAGCAGAUGGACUGCUUGCAGAAGGGCAAAAACAACAAGACCGAGUGCUUCAACCACGUGCGGUUUCUGCAGAGGCUGAACAGCACCCACCUCUAUGCCUGUGGGACCUACGCCUUCCACCCGCUCUGCGCCGCCAUCGAUGCUGACAGGUUCAACUUGCCGUCCCACUUUGAGGAGGGCAAGGAGAAGUGCCCGUACGACCCUGCCCGUGGCUACACUGGCCUCAUCGUGGAUGGCGGCUUGUACACGGCCACACGCUACGAAUUUCGGAGCCUCCCCGACAUCCGGAGGAACCUGCACCAGCGGCCACUGAAGACGGAGGAGUCCCCGCUGCACUGGCUGAAUGAUGCUGAGUUCGUGGCCUCCGUGCUGGUCCGGGAGAGCAAGGACAGCCCCAUGGGCGAUGAUGACAAAAUUUACUACUUCUUCAUGGAGCGGGCGGGUGAGGAGACCACGUCCUUCUUUGACAAGAGCCAGGUGGCCCGAGUGGCCCGAGUGGCCCGUGUCUGCAAGAGUGACGUGGGGGGGAAGAAGAUCCUGCAGCGCAAGUGGACAUCCUUCAUGAAGGCGCGCCUGGUCUGCUACAUCCCGUACUACGAGGUGCUGCGCAGUGUCUGCAGCCUGGACGGGGGCAGCUGGGCCAGCACCGUCUUCUACGCCGCCUUCACCCUCUCGGCACAGUGGAGGACCAUGGAGGCCUCGGCCGUCUGCCGCUACAGCAUCUCUGCAGUGCAGCGCGCCUUCGAGGGCCCCUACAUGGAGUACCAGGACUCGGCUCGCAAGUGGUCCCGCUACGAUGGUGCGGUGCCUGAGCCCCGGCCCGGCUCCUGCAUCACGGACCACUCCCGCAGGAAGGGCUACAACUCCUCGCAGGACCUACCCAACAGCGUCCUGGACUUUGUCAAGCUGCACCCACUCAUGUUUGAGGAGGUGAAGCCGGCCGGCGGGGAGCCGCUGCUGGUGAAGAAGAGUGUGGCGUACAGCCGGCUGGCCGUGGACAGGGUGCGGGCCCUCGACGGCCGCUCCUACGAUGUGCUCUUCAUGGGGACGGGUGACGGCUGGAUCCACAAGGCCGUGGUGGUGGGCUCCAGCAUCCACAUCGUGGAGGAGGUGCAGGUGUUCAGGGACCCGCAGCCCGUGGAGAGCCUGGUGAUCUCCCACGCCCAGAGGAGCCUGUAUGUGGGGGCAGCCAGCGGGAUCCUGCAGGUGCCCCUGGCCUCCUGCGGCAGGUACCGCUCCUGCUAUGACUGCAUCCUCGCCCGGGACCCCUACUGCGCCUGGGACGGCAGGGCCUGCCGCGCCACCGCCACCACGGACAGCACAGGGCUGGUGCAGGACAUUCAGAACGGCAACGAGGGAUGCCGGAGCAGCUCCGGGCGGGGCUCCCUGCCGUGGAAGAACCGGACGGUGCUGCAGGGGGACGACGUGCUGCUGCCCUGCGACCAGCGCUCCAACCUGGCACGAGCCGUCUGGCUGCUGAACGGCAGCGAGGUGCCAGGCGCCGGGCAGGACCGGCUGCGCGUGGGGGUGGACGGGCUGCUGGUGACGGACACGCUGCCCCAGGAGAGGAUGAUUCAGCGAGGGACGGAGCUGAGGCAAGAAGCCCACAUUCCCGAACACCCCGGAGCAGCUGGUGGAGCGGCACAUGCCCUCGUCAAGGAGGCCCCAGGUGACCUUCAGGACUGGGUGCCCUGGGGAGGUGGCAACCCCCAGGGCCUGCGACCCUGA